UCCCCAAAUUAAACAAAACACACAAACACGCAGCGAAUUAGGGAAAUCGAAUCGAGAUGGCAAUGCGCGGCGGCGAGAGGAGCGGAGUGAGGGUGGUGAUAAUCAACACCGAGUACGUGGAGACGGACGCGGUGAGCUUCAAAUCGGUGGUGCAGAGGCUCACCGGGAAAGACGCGGCGGCGGCGGCGGAGUCUCGGCCGGGAAUUGGAAACGAGGCCGGGUUCUGGAAGGCGCCGGGGCUGGAGAAGAUGGUGUCGUUCAAGGAUUUCGAUCGGAUGCUCAAGGAAUUGCCGCCGCUUGAUGAAUUAUACAGGCUUUACGCCGAUAAUUGAGCUUCCGAUUUGGGGGAUUUUGGCUUUGGUUUCUCACGUAUAUAUGAAUAAUUAUUUAUUUAUUCUUUUUGGAUUUUUGCGGUGUGUAUAUAUAUAUAUUGUUUAUAAUUAUUUUCUAUUUUAUAAUAUCUGAGUCAGCUGAUUAGCCUGAA